CACGCCGGGAAGCCGCCGCCCAAGAUGGCGGCAGGAUUGAAAAGUUGUCGGUGGGGCUGAGGCGGGGCCGGACGAACGGGGAGCGGGGGGGCUGAGCCCCGGACGGGUUUUAUGGCCGCCCUUGGGCAGUGAGGCCGGGCUGUCGAGCCCCGCCACGUACCCGGGCCGGGAGAGCACGGCCGCUGCGGGGAUGCCCCGGGGGGGGCCCGGGCCGCCGCCGCCGGAGACAUGGAGGAGGAGGGCAAGAAAGGCAAGAAGGAAAGCGGUGAAAGGAUUUAUGGAAACCCGUGGAAGUGCCAAGUGAAUCGCCGAAGCCAGAGUCUGCGAGACACAAAGCCUGGAAUAGUGUCUCCUUUCAAACGAGUCUUCCUGAAAGGCGAAAAAGGUCGGGAUAAAAAAGCCCAGGAGAAGGUUACGGAGCGCCGGCCUCUGCAUACGGUGGUGGUGGCCCUGCCCGACCGCGUCGAGCCGGACGUGCUGCUCAACGACUACAUCGAGAAAGAAGUGAAGUAUUUAGGUCAACUCACGUCCAUCCCAGGGUACCUGAAUCCCUCCAGUCGCACGGAAAUCCUGCAUUUGAUCGAUAACGCCAAGAGAGCACACCAGCUCCCAGGGCAGCUGACCCAAGAACACGAUGCUGUCAUCAGUCUCUCUGCCUACAACAUCAAGCUGGUGUGGAGGGACGGAGAAGAUCUCAUCCUCAGGGUCCCCAUCCACGACAUCGCGUCCGUUUCCUACAUCCGAGACGACUCCUCUCACUUGGUCGUGCUGAAAACAGCUCAGGACCCUGGGAUCUCCCCGAGCCAAAGUCUCUGUGCCGAGAGCUCCAAAGCCCUUACUUCGGGCUCGCUGUCUGAGAGCGGGGUGGUCCCUGUCGAAGCCUGUUGCUUGGUGGUCCUGGCUACGGAGAAUAAAGUGACAGCCGAGGAGCUGUGCUCGCUUCUCAGCCAAGUCUUCCAGAUUGUUUACACUGAGUCCACGAUUGACUUCUUGGACAGAGCAAUAUUCGAUGGGGCGUCCACGCCGACGCGGCACCUGUCCCUACACAGCGACGACUCCUCGACGAAAGUGGACGUGAAGGAAUCUUACGAGACGGAAGCAAGCACUUUUUCCUUUCCAGAAACCUUGGAUGCAGGUGACAACUCCCCCUCGUCCUUCUCCACGCAACAGUCUCCGCACGUCAAGACGGUGAGCGAGAGCGAGCUGAGCACCACGGCCACGGAGCUGCUCCAGGACUACAUGAUGACGCUCCGAACGAAACUCUCCUCCCAGGAGAUCCAGCAGUUCGCGAUGCUCCUGCACGAGUAUCGCAACGGGGCCUCCAUCCACGAGUUCUGCAUCAACUUGAAGCAGCUCUACGGGGACAGCAGGAAGUUCCUGCUCUUAGGUCUUCGUCCCUUCAUCCCCGAGAAGGACAGCCAACACUUUGAGAACUUCCUGGAGACCAUCGGGGUGAAGGACGGGCGGGGCAUCAUCACGGACAGUUUCGGGAGGUACAGACGGACGCUCAGCACCACCUCCAACUCCACCACCAACGGCAACGGCGCCGCCGGCAGCUCCGACGACCAGUCGGGCCCUUCCGAGGAGGACGAGUGGGACCGGAUGAUCUCCCACAUCAGCAACGACAUCGAGGCCCUGGGCUGCAGCAUGGACCGCGACUCCUCCUGAGACUGAGCCCCCGGAGGGGGGAGGACACCCCCAAAACCCUCCCUGAGAGAGACCCUGCAGCAGUGCCUGGUGUCCUGCCCGUCAUGUUGGGGCUCUAAUUACUCUCCCGUCCUCGUUAACGACCUCGUUAGCGGCCGCAGCGGUGGAGGAUCUUGGUGCAGGAACCAUCCCUGGUUUGGUUUUUCACCAGGGAGGGAGGGAGAGACAACAACCCUCUGCCUGGUUUACAGUUUUGCACAUGGUAUCCUUAUUGUAACUGCUCUCUUCUUCCUCCUCAUCCUCCUCCUCCUCCUCCUCCUCCUCCUCUUCUUCCUCCUCCUCCUCUUCUUCUUCUUCCUCCUCCCCCCGUUUCUUUUUUUUUUUUUUUGAAUGAAGUUUACCACAAUGUGAAUUAUUUAAACCCAUUGUCCCAUGUCGUCGAAGCAUUUUGGCUCCUGACCUGGGAACUCCACGUGUGUCCCCCCCUCUCCAGCCUGGGGGGGGGACAAGGAAGGAUGUCCCCAGGGGGGGGUGACACUGACCCACAGAUGCCAUCCUACCUGGGCAUCACCCUCCAGCACAAGGAUUUGCCCCCUUUGUGUGUCCCCCCUGCUUCCCCCCAGUUUGG